AUGUCAAAACUCGUUGGCCGACUCUACUCUUCUGUGCUCACACCCGUGCAGGCCAUGUCGAGCUUCCUGUCGCGGCCUUCCACACCACUAGGACAGCUGUCUCUGUCCCGAGGUGACCUGCAGUCAUGGGCUGUCCGUGGCCUCGUACUCUUCCUCUCCGUGUUCAUCUACACCCACCUCGCGUCACCGCGGCCACGAUCCCCAACAUGGCCCAUGUCCGUUGACGCGCUGAACAAUGCUACAUUCGGCUUCCAGCACAUCUACGUGCUCAGCACUCGGGACAGCUUCCGGGAUGGUCAGAGCAUAUACUUCUCCCUCCCCAUCCAUGACGGCGGUAUCUUGAAGCCCCCCUCAACCCCGAGCCCGAGCCGUGCUCGAGCGCGGCUACCACACUGCCUCAUCCUCGAAGACAAGACCGGCAUCAAUGCCCGCGCCCGCUCAGAAUUGUACAGCAUCUACCGCGCGCUCCGCGCCCGACCCCUUUUCGAAGACAUGCAGAUGUCCGACCUGCACAAACUCAAGAACUACUGGGACGAACCCGACACCAUGAUCCCCCGGGGCCCGCAACCAAACUAUCUCCCUUACUUUCGCGCACCGCCCACGCCGUCUAAGGAUGUAAGCAUCGACGACUACGCUUUCGAACGACUCGUCACGGGCCCCAAGCUCGGCGGCGCAAAAGAUUAUACCACGGCCAACAACAAGUUACACAUCGGCGAGUGGGACUUGAUCUUCUUGGCGGACUGUCGCAACAGAUUCGACGAGGAAGCACAGAAGAAGCUGCGCUCCGGCGCAAACAGGGAACGCACACCCUGGCGCCGUAUUGAUUGGGUGCCGGAGCGGGACAUGACUACGGAGCUCUGGUACGCGGAGAAGACAGACGCAGAUCGUGAAAUCGAGCGGAAGAUAAGGCAGCAGCAGCGGGAUCACGGAACGAGCGGAAAAGAUGGUGAAGAAGAGUUGUUGCACGAGCAAGGCCUAAGGCGCGUGGAAGGCAUGGACGAUGCGUGUUUGUUGGCCUACGCGGUGAGUCGGCGGGGUGCUGUGAAGCUGCAGAAAUGGUUUGGGGCGAGUGAUCCGGGGUUGGGGACAGCGGAUCUGUUUGCGAGGUUUUGUGGUGGUGGGGAUGGGGAGAAUGUGUGUUUCGCAUUGGGUGAAGGGGUUGUUAGGGAGAGGAAGGAGGGCUGA